AUGAUAUCUAAGAUUCCCGCAGACACCCAUGUGCGGAACGACUCCAUCCGCCAAGGCAUCACAAAGAAGCGCGUAGAAGACUUUGCCAAUGCAGGGCCGGUUGAUUGCAUCAUAAUUGGGAGUGGUUUAUCAGGCCUCACUACAGCUGGUAUGCUAUCACGCGCUGGUUGGCGUGUAGCUGUAUUGGAACAGCAUGAUGUAGCUGGAGGUACUACACACCAGUUCGUAGAGGAGGGCUUUGAGUUUGGGACGGGUUUGCACUACACAGGAGAUGUACUUCCGAGGAGUACGCUUAUGGAUGCGCUCACUGAUGGGAAGCUGAAAUGGGCUGAAAUGGAUGCUGAGUAUGACCACUGUGAGCUCAUGGGCAAAGAUAUAGAUGAGGUGAAGGACCGCUUAGUGUUUACUAAGGGCUUCCGCAAGAUGCGCGAUAGACUGCACAAGCAGUUUCCUGAGGAAUGUAUGUGUGAGAAAGAAGCCAUCAGCCGCUACUACAAGGAGUGCUUCAAAGCACACGCGGCAAUGGGCCCUAUCGUACUCAGUAAGAUACUGCCGGGAUUCAUGGUGUCUCUGCUGAGACCUCUGCUAGACAGAUGGUACCAUUCCGCACAGAACAAGACCACCCUGGAGGUGAUGCGGGACUGCGGGCUUAGCGAUGAUCUGAUUGGCAAGCUCACGUUCACGUAUGGUGACUUCGGGACAACGCCAGAUGAAUCGCCGUUCAUGGUGCAAGCGAUGCUGACGUGCCACUGGUUUAGAGGUGCGUUUUACCCGGUGGGCGGGCCUGAGCAGAUAGCUGCCACCAUGGUACCCACCCUGGAGAAGAACGGGUCCAAAGUGUGGGUGAAUGCCCGCGUAGAGACCCUCUUAUUAAGCGCGGAUGGGGCUGUUGAGGGUGUGCGGGUGAAGGGUAUGGACAUCCCCUGUAACACCGUGGUGUCUAGUGUAGGUGCGCUGAAUACCUACAUGAAGCUGAUGAACGAUAAGAUGCCAUUGCCCAGGCCCGUACAGGACCUGCGCCAUGAGCUACGCUCCGCGGAGAAGCUCAAACCCGGUAUGAGUAUGAUCUCACUCUUUGUGGGAUUCGAAGGCACCUGUGAAUCGCUGCAGUUGCCCAACUACAACACGUGGAUGGUAUCCUCCUGGGAUCACGGGGCCAAUAUCAAACGCAUGAACGAGGAAGGCUUGGAUGCUCCGUUUGCUAUGAUGUACUACGCGUUUAGUUCGGCCAAAGACCCGACCUGGCACGUGCGCUUUCCUAAUAAGGUGUCGUGCGAGAUUCUGGCGCCAUGCUCAUACGCGUUGUUUGAGGAGUUCGAGAAGAGCCGGUGGAAUAAGCGGACAGACGACUACGAGGCGAUGAAGGAGGUGCUUACGGAACGGUUGUUGGAUCACAUGUUCGAACGGAUGCCACACCUCAAGGACAAGCUAGUGCAUGUCAGCAUGGGGACGCCCCUGACUAUUAACCACUUCCUGAACAGCACGCGGGGUGAGGUGUAUGCCUUAGACCACACGCAGGAGAGGUUCGACCCCAAAUACCAGCAGAUGCUCACGGCAAAGACACCCAUCACCGGCUUGUACAUGACGGGCCAGGACGUGCUGUUCUCCGGGGUUGUGACUGCGUAUAUGAGUGGUAUAGUGACUGUGGCGGCUAUGUCGUAUAGUGCGUUGCUUAAGAAUGCGGACGUGCUCUUCCGGGCUACACCCACUGUGUGGGGCGAGUCGCAGGUCAAGGGAGCGAAGAAGUUCAAUAUCGUCUGGGUGUUGAGUGUGGUAUUCGUGGUGCUGGCGGUUCUUUUGGUAUAUAUGCGAUAGGU